AUGGUCGGAUCAACCUACUCGUCGGAGUCAGGAACCAGACCCGUGACUCCCCUCAACGUGCGGUCUCAGAUGGAUGCGGGUUACCAUAGCGGGGGAAUGACUAUCGUAGAGAAGCAUGUCAUGCGGGAGUUACCAAAUGCACAGAAUAGUCAGCUGGAGGCUGCUGCGAGCCAGCUCGACUCUCCUGAAUGCUCUUCCGUCUCAGCUCAAGUACUCACCAGGCCGGCCGCCGGCAGCAGUCUCACGAGCUUCCCAAUCAGCGAGCUUUACCACGUGGAGCACUACCUGAAGGCGGUGCAAAGGCAGUCCGUCGCAGCCCGUCGCAGCCUGCUGGGCCGGCGACAUCAUGCGACUCCCGGCGCGCACGACGGCUCCGACCGAGCGAUUUUCGAGGAGAUGCUGAGUUUUCAAAAGGACCCCAUCCCGACCUCGCUCACGCGGCUCCCCACGGACCUGCAGACGAAAGCCGUGCGAAUGUUCCAAGACAUUCUGCACUACAUGGGUCUCAACGGCGCGCCGAUCACAGACGAACGCGAGCUGGCGCAGACGCUGGUGCGAAUCCUCAAAAUGGUUCUUCGGAAGCCGGAGAUGCGGGAGGAGUUAUACGCGCAGCUGCACAAGCAGACGCGGAAUAACCACGACAGGGAGGCGUGUUUGCGGGCGUGGGAGGUGAUGCAUCUGUGCGCGUCCGUGGCGCCGCCAGGGGCGUAUCUCGGGACGCCUAUUACCGAGUACGUGCAUGAGAUCGCGAACGACGUGGGGGUGGACGAGGAGGUGAAGUCGCAGGCGCUUGCCACGUGGCACGCGCUGAAGAAGGCGAUGAAGAUCGGAGCGAGGAAGACCGUUCCGACCGUCGAUGAGCUGCUGGCGUUGAUGACGGGCCGUGCGCUCAAGACGAUGGUGUUCUUUCUGGAUGAUACGUUCGAGGAGGUCGGAUACGACGCGUCCACGACCGCGGCAGAGAUUUUGGAGAGUGUGGCGAGCAGCAUUCGCCUGGAGGAGUUCCAGACCUUCGGGCUGUACGAGCACAGGAAAUACAUCACUCUCGCAAACAACAAUUCGGAGAACGUUUCCAACGAUUAUAUGGGCAUCGAUGAGAAGGCCUAUAUGGGGGACGUGAUGGCGGAGCUCAUGAGUUUCAGAGAGAAGAGCGAGCGGCAAGUGCAGCUGCGCCUUCUCUUCCGCAAGAAGUUCUUCCGCGAGAAUGAGGAGGCGAUCACAGACCAGGUCUUCGUCCAGCUGUCGUACCUGCAGGCAAAGCAGGACUAUGAGGAGGGGAACUACCCUGUGCCCAGGGAUGACGUGGCGCAGCUCGCGGCGCUACAGUUGAUCGUGGACUUUGGCAUGCUGCCCGAGCCUGAGGUCACACUUGACUGGCAAGCGCAGGUGGAGCGGACUAUCCCAGUGCAGUUUCAGCCCAUGAGGCAGAAGCGCGAGUGGGACAUGGACGUCCUCACUCGCUACAAGGCGUUGUCACACCUAACGCCUGAAGAUGCGAGGCAGCAGACAUUGAGGAUUAUCCGAGCACUCCCUUACGGUGGUUCUGCCUUCUACCACGUGAGGCGCAUCGAAGACCCCAUUGGGCUGCUGCCUGGGCGCGUGCUGAUUGGCAUCAACAAGCGUGGUGUCCACUUUUUCAGGCCUGUCCCGAAGGAGUACCUGCAUUCAGCAGAGCUGCGGGACAUCAUGCAGUUUGGCAGCAGCCCCGCCGCUGUCUUCUUCAAGAUGCGUGUGGUGGGCUCGCUGCACGUCUUCCAGUUCGAGACGUCCCAGGGCGAGGAGAUCUGCCUCGCCAUCCAGACGCACAUCAACGAUGCCUUGACCCGCCGCUUCGCCAGGCAACGAGCGCGGCAGCACAACGCGCCGAUGCUUGGGCUGGGGCCUGCUGGGGGUGGUGCGGCUGGAGAUGGGGGUUCAGCGGGGGGUGGAGGAGGAGGAGGGGUGUUGGGGGAGGGGCAGGGGCAGGGGCCGCACCCGAUUACGGAGUACGAGCAUCGCACCAAGGAGCUUUCGGAGAGCUUGACCAGGGCGUUUUUGCACAUUGAGCAGUUGAACCAAGAAGUGGCGGCGCGGGCAGCAGCAGAGGCGAAGCUGCAGAGCGAGCUUCAGGCGGUGAAGGAGGCGCUGAGGCAGGGGGAGGUGGCGAACGAGGAGGUGGUGGAGGAGCGGGAUCGGCUGGCCGAGAUGCUGCAGGCGGCGAAUCAUCCGGGCAGGGAAGCAGCACUGUCGUCUGGGUCCUUCACUCCGGGAAGUGUGAGGCGGAGAGACGGGCUUGGCAGCACAGGCAGCAACAUGAGUCUGCUGAAUGACGCCAGGACACGAGCAUUGGAGUCACAGCUGAAGGAGGUGCAGGAGGAGUUGAAGGCGGUGAGCCGGCGGGCAGAGGAGCAGGCACAAGUGGCUGCGAGGGAGAAGCAGGCGUUGGAGCAGCAGCUGUCAAACCUUGAGCUCACGAAGGACAACGAGAUCAAAACGUUGGAGCUGCGGUCGUCAGCGGAGAGGGAUGAGCUGGCCGCCAGGCUGGCGAUUGCGGAGCAGCGAUUGGAGGAGAGCCGGGCGGCGGAGGCCCAGCUGAGGGAGGAGUUGAAGGAGAAGGAGGCACAGUCAGAGCACCUGGAGGAGUUUUUUAAAGAGCUGGACGAGCUGAGGGAGGUGAAGGAGGAGAUGGAGAGGAAUCGGGUGGAGAACCUGGAGGUGAUACAGAGGCAGGGCAAGCAGAUCGCGGAGCUGGAAAAGGCGUAUAAGGAGGAGAUUGUGCUGCGGAAGCGGUACUACAACAUGAUGGAAGACAUGAAAGGGAAGAUCCGGGUGUACGCGCGGUGGCGGCCGCUGAGUGGCAGGGAGCGGGGCGAGGGGCAGCGCAUGGUGCUGGAGAUGCCGGACGAGUUCACACUGCAGCACCCCAACACCUUGAAGGAGGGCGGGCCGCCCAAGUCUUAUCAGUUUGACCGUGUCUUCGACCACACGGCCAGUCAGGAGGCCGUCUUUGAAGACACACGGUACCUCAUCCAGUCGGCCGUUGAUGGCUACAACGUCUGCAUAUUCGCGUACGGGCAGACGGGCAGUGGCAAAACUUUCACCAUCCACGGGGGAGAUCGCAACCCCGGCCUCACUCCACGCGCCAUGCAGGAGCUCUUCAACUGCCUCCGGAAGGAGGCUGGGCGCAUGAGCUACAAGCUGCAGGUAUACAUGCUGGAGCUCUACCAGGACACGCUCCAGGACCUGCUGCUGCCGAAGAACGCUGUCAAGCGGAAGCUGGAGAUCAAGAAGGAUGCCAAGGGCAUGGUGGUGGUUGAGAACGCGACUCUCAUCGAGGUGCAGUACCUCUCGCAGCUGGAGUCAGUGGUGCAGGGGGGCAUGGAGAGGCGCGCAGUGGCAGGCACACAGAUGAACGCCGAGAGCUCUCGGUCCCACCUGGUGCUGUCGAUCGUGAUUGAGACGACUGACCUGCAGACGCAGAACGUGUGCCGGGGAAAGCUCUCUUUUGUGGAUCUCGCCGGAUCAGAGAGGGUGAAGAAGUCACGGUCAGAGGGCGAGCAGCUGAGGGAGGCCCAGUCCAUCAACAAGUCACUCUCUGCUCUGGGGGACGUGAUCAGCGCGCUGGCGCAGGGCGGGGGGCACAUCCCGUACCGCAACCACAAGCUCACGAUGCUCAUGAGCGACUCGCUGGGCGGCAACGCCAAGACGCUCAUGUUUGUCAACAUCUCGCCGGCUGACGGGAACCUGGACGAGACCCACAACUCCCUCACCUAUGCCACGCGGGUGAGGUCGAUUGUCAACGAGGCAUCGAAGAAUGUCUCGAACAAGGAGGUGCAGUGGUUGAAGAGCCGGAUAUCCCAUUGGAAGCAGCUGGCUGGGGCGAGGGCGGAGGAGGAGGAGUUGGAUGAGAUCAGCGAGAUGAGGACGCCAGUCAGGAGGCUGCAGUUUGGUGGCAAGGAAGGGGGGCCGAGUACGGAGUGA